AUGGCAUGUACAAGUGACUAUAGACCGUGUCCCGCUGGUCGCAAACCAGACAGGACAAUUGUCCUGAUGGGAAAAACAGGCAAUGGAAAGUCUGCCGUGGCAAACGUACUGGCGGGAGAUUAUAACGGUGGCCUCUUCCCCGAAUCCAGCAACCCUGCGAGUGAAACGAGUGGUUUGCCGACGCACACCGUUCUAGUGUCGUACGCUGGCAAAGACCAUGCCAUCAAGAUUGUGGAUACGAUCGGCUACGGGGACACAUCCUUGUCGGAGAAAGAUGUCUUGAACGCACUGGCCAAGGUGGCUCAGACGUGCACCGAGGGAAUCAAUCAGAUUCUCUUUGUCACACGCGGUCGAUAUACCCAGGAGGAUAAAACCACCAUGGAUGCGAUGAUGAACGUGAUCUUUCAGCCCGACGUGGCCAAGUUCUCUACUAUCGUGCGCACUGCAACACCCGCCAAAGAACUGGACGAAGCUGUGGUAGCUGCCAAGACUGCCGAGUAUCGCCAAGAGAUGAUAACGCUGCAUCCGAAUCUCGUCCAGAUCAAUACCUUUCUCAUGAUCAGCAACCCGGACGAUGGUGACGAACGCAGUAUGCAGAUGCGCCGACGCUCUCGCAAGACUCUUCUCGAUCACGUGAUCCUGCAUUACAUGCAGUGCUAUGCGACUCCAAGUUACACCAGUGCUGUAGCAAGGGUCAACAAACACCUGAACGCACAAACUGCCCAGCAAGAGGAACAGAAGCGCCUCCAACACGAGCUAAAGGCCAGAGAGGCGGAGCAGGAGAGACUUCGGCAGGUGCAGGAAAGAAAGGUCCUGAAAAUGCAGCGUGUCAAUGAGCAGCUCCGACGAAAGGAAGCAGCGUCGCAGGGUGGUGACGACUGCAUCAUCUUGUGA